AUGGAUGAUACUCGAACUAUCCUUCAUCAAUCGGGCCUCACCAAAGGGUGGUGGGGUUACGCAGCCAAGAGUGCUGUCUAUACCCGGAACAGAGUUCCUCACUCUGCCGUUCCAGAACAGACCCCGUUCGAAAAAUGGUUCGGCGUCAAACCAACCUACAAGGAUCUCCGAGCUUUCGGAGCCCAACUGUACAAACACAAUCCGACCAAGACGAGAACCAAACUACAAGACAAGGGUUCAAAGGGAGUACUAAUCGGAUACGGCGAU